AGAAAGUUCUGAGAAAAAGAAACUGUUGGGCACGGGUGGCCCUCACCACUUCCAGUGCCACCAUCAUCUCUUCUUCCCACCACCAGCCUCACUGUCCAAGCCUUCUUCCCAGGAUUUCUGUUGCACAAAGCCAGGAGAUGCACAAGGAGGAGUAUGAAGUAUCUGUGAUGGGAGGUGGCCAUACCUCUGCCCCCCAGACGACCACCGUGAUCAACAUGCCCAGAGACAUCUCUGUGCCCGACCAUGUGGUCUGGUCCCUGUUCAACACGCUCUUCAUGAACUUCUGCUGCCUGGGCUUCAUAGCCUUCGCCUACUCCGUGAAGUCUAGGGACAGGAAGAUGGUGGGUGACAUAACUGGGGCCCAGGCCUUCGCCUCCACUGCCAAGUGCCUGAACAUCUGGGCCCUGAUCUUCAACAUCAUCCUGACCAUCGGCGCCAUCGUGAUUCUCAUCAUCUUCUCGGCAGCGAUUGUCCAGGCUAUUUCACAGAUGAAAAACCAUCCUGGGGGCUUCUAGUCUUGCCAUGUCCUGACCCCCUAGCUGGCCCUGCACCCUGGGCUGAGGCCCUGCCCCUGCACCCUGGGCUGAGGCUCUGCCCCUGCACCCCUCGCUUUCUGAAAUAUUUACACGCACCUAUCUGUCCACAGUGGAAUUCAAUAAAGUGCACUGUACACGGG